AUGACAUUUUUUCUCAGAAGAAGUAUUUUCAGCAGAAAUGUAUACCAUUUUGUCAACUCAGCAUUGACGGUUCCCACAUCCCUCACAGUAGGGCACAGGUCGCUUUACGUGGGUGAACGGGCCUCGCUAAACAAAACAUUCAGUGCCAGAGACGUCGCACUUUUUGCUGAGCUGACGGGGGACACAAAUCCUCUCCACCUCGACCCCGAAUAUGCCAAAACAACCUCUUUCGAGACCCCCAUUGUUCACGGAGUGCUGAUUAAUGGUCUGAUCUCAGCAAUUCUGGGGACCAAGUUGCCUGGCAAAGGCUGCGUGUUUCUCUACCAGGAAAUACGCUUUCCGGCACCCCUCUACAUCGGAGAGGAGGUUGUGGCAGAAGCGGAGGUCAAAAAGAUCAAAAUGUCCUUUGCUUUUAUUUCUGUGUCCUGCGCUGUCAAAGACAAAGUGGUCAUGGAGGGAGAGGUCAUGGUCAUGAUGCCGCAAGACGCACAACAAUCAUGAGGAAUUUCAGUGAAUGCUGCCGUUCAGUCUUUUAUGUGCUUCCAGGAAUUAAAUGCUUAUUUUUGUUCUUCUGAAAUGUAACGCUCAUUUAGAGCUUAAAUAUUCCUUGUUUUUUGUUCUCUGAGAAGCUGAAUAAAAAUGGUGUGAGAAAAUAAACAGCUUUUUGACUUCGUUG